GGGGGGGGGGGCGGGCACCAGAGCGGGCAGGAGGCGGGCGGCGGCUCCGCGGCCGAUGGCGGCGGCGGCGCCGUCGCCGUGGCUGCAGAAGCUGCCCAAGCGCCCGCGGCUCGCCGCCGACGUCCAGGACCGGGCGAGUGCAGAGAGGCUGCUCGACGCGACGUGUGACCUCACGGCGGCGUCGUCUGGACAGGCGUCCGUCCUCUUCGAUGACAGCCCCUCCUGCGCUCCCGCGCAGGUGCCCGAGCGCCGCCAGGACGGUGCGGCGGGAAGCUCCGCGCGGCCGGCUCUGAGCCCCGCCGACCUCCUCGACAGCAUCGCCGCCGACCUCGACUCGGUGGAGUUCGCGGAGGCGUUCGGGGCCGCGGCGGCGCCGGCGCCUCGCGGAGACGCCUGGGCCGGCCUCGUGCGAGGUGCCGCCGCGGGGCCCCGCGAAGCAGGGGGCUCGUGGAGCUCCUGGGGGGUCGGCCUCCUCGGAGGUGCCGCCGGCUCCGCGGGCCCGGCUGCGGAGGCGCGUCCGGCGUACGACCUCACCGUCUCGCACGCGGGCCGCCCUGGCGCGAGCCGCAGCGACAGCCCGCCGAAGAGACGCCCACGGCUUCUGCCGCCAGCCUUCGGCCCUGCAGCGCCCGCCGGCGCGGAGGUUCCGACGCCCCUCGGCCCCUGUGCCCUCGGGGCGUGGGCGGCCCCAGUGGCUCCGUGUUCAGCCGCGCCCGCGCCGCGGGCGUCUCCACAGGUGCUGGCGAUCGCGCCGGCGGCGCGCGCGCCCGCGCCAGCCGCGGCGGCGGCGCCGGCCGCGUUGGCGACGCAGCAGCCGUCGACCGCGCCAGUGGUUGUCGCGCCCAUCUCCGCUCAGUGUUCAGCCGCGCCUGCACCGUGGACCUCGCCCCAGGCACCGGCGGUCACCUCGGCGGCGCGGGCGCCCCCGCCGGCCGCGCCAGUGACGGCCGCGCCCUCGCCGAUUUCAGGCGGCGGCGCGGGCGGCGAGGGCCUGUGGCCCGCCAGCAGCAGCGCCAGCAGCGGCGCCCAGCGCCAGCUGCGCCGCCUGCGGCCCUCGCCGCCGGCGGACGCCGCCAGUGCUAUGGGCGGUGGAGCCCAGGCAGCGAGCCCCGCCGCUAGCGCCAGCGUUGACGACGCAGCCAGCGCUGGCGUUGGUCCGCCAGCGCCUUCGGCGCCCCCUCGACCAGCGGAUGGACCAGCGUUGCAAGGGUCGCCGCGCAGGUCGCCAGCGCAUCGGCGCGGCGCGGGCCGUCGCGCGUCGGUGGUGAUCGUGGAUGCCGAGGACCCCGCGUCCGACGGCGCGCUGGAGGGGGUCGCCCCGCCCCAGCGCGGGCUUGCGCGGCCCGGCGCGCCCGUGGCAGGCAUCGACCUGACGAGCCCCAGCGCGGCGGCCGCGGGCGCCGCGCGGCGCCCCACCAGCCACCGCAGGGUGGACCUCUCCGGCGGCAACCCGUUGGAGCGCGCCCCAGGCUCGGCCUGCGAACGACACGCGCCGGUGGACCUCCGCGGCCGCAGCCCGGCGGAGCGGCCUCCUGGUUCGGUCUCCGCAGGCAGCAGCGGCGUCCCGCAGGGCGCCGCCGCCGUGGCGGCGCGCAUCGCCGCGCAGGCGGCCGCCGCCGUGGCGAGCCCGUUCAGGCUCCGGCGCUCACAGGAGGUGGCCCAGCCGACCAGACCAGCACCGCCGGACCGGCGCGGGCCAGCGCCGCCGGACCGGCGAGACAUGGUGGGCGGGCGGACUGCCCUCGGGGGGUGAGGCCCAGGCCUCUCGAG